CUUAUUUUAUAACUUCUUCCUUUGGAUAACUUUUCUUUAUUACUUCUACAUUUACAUAGAUACCAUAAAGAUAAACCAUAUAUUAUCAAUAUAGAUAAUGAUCUAGACUCUAGACUAGAUCUGCAAUAAUAAUAGAGGGUUUGUAGGUUUUUGAAAUUUUGAUGGUGUAUUCUGGCAUCUCAACAUUUUCCAAUGACAAAAAACAAAUCCAAUUCAAUCUCAUCUUCCAAAAAAGAAAUGGCACAAGCAGAAAGUGACUCUGUUAUUGCUGGAGAUGUGCUGCAGUUUGGAAAAAUGAUGAAAAAAUUGCUUAAUAAUAAAGAGUUCAGUGAUAUCAGAUUUAUCAUAGGCCCCAAUAAGAAACAAAUUUAUGCUCAUCGCUGUAUCUUGGCUGCUCGGUGUGCUGUUUUCAAAGCAAUGUUUGCUGACAAACCUAACACAGGUGACAAUAAUGUUCCUUUUGUGUUGUCAGACAUGUCACCAGAAAUAUUCACUGCACUGCUGGAGUUCCUUUACACAAAUUGUGUUACGCUAUCACCAAAAACAGCAAUAGAUGUUUUAGCGACAUCACUUGAGUAUGGAAUUGAUGAUCUAAGAGAUCUCUGUGUUGACUAUUUGCAAGCUAAUAUUUCUGCAUCUAAUGCCUGUGAUGUUAUGCAAGCUGCAGUAACUUACAAUCAAAAUGAUUUGAAAGAAAAUGCUUUAGCCUUCAUUGAAGAUAACACAGUAGAAGUAUUGAAAUCAAAGAAUUUUCAAGAAAUUAGUGAAGACACUUUAGUCAAUAUCUUAAGGUCCAGCAAACUUACAAUAGAUGAAAUAGAUUUGUGUAAAGCUGUCAAAGACUGGGCAGCAGCAAGCUCUACACUCAAUGGGAAACAACUCCAUGAAGUAGCAAGAGAUGCUGUCAGACAGAUUAGAUUACCCCUCUUGAAAGCAGAUGAACUCAAGGUGCUAGAAGAAGAAAAUAAUAAUGAUCAUUUUCUUCCAGUUGAUUCCUUUUCAUAUGCGUGGAAACUUCAUGCUCUUAAACAAGGUGAAAAGAACAAUAUCCUUUCAACAUGUCGACGUGGUACAGUUUCACGAGAACACCAUAAGUUCCUCUUAAAAGAGAACUAAAACUUUUAAGCUAAAUGGGGUUCUUAACCAGGGGUGCACAUUACCUUGCAGUCACAGAGUGUAAUGUUAUGUGGUGUGAAAAAUCUAAUAAAAUAAAUAAAAAAAUGUUAACAUUAAAAAACAACUGAAACUAAAGUGAUCCAUUUAAAGAUAGCCCCUUCAGAAGAUUAGACAAAACUAAAAUGAUCCAUUUAAAGAUAGCACUUUCAGAAGAUUUGACUUGUACAAAUAUGUCUUAAGAGCUCUCAUUACUCAAGAUUCUCUUCACUAGAAAAAUCUUGUCCAAAGGGAGUGCAUGAGUAUCUAUAAUAUCUAUAGUUCAUACCUUGUAAUCUAAGGCGCAUCUGUUUCUGUGGCUUAAAGUUAAUGAGGCCAGCACAAUGACCAACUGCCAUUACUUUUUCCAAACUAAUGUUAGAUACUCAUUAGAACUGGGUGGACUCUGCCCUAAAAAUCCCAAAAUUCAUAAUCCCAGUCUUCACUGAGAUUGAAACCUGAGAGCCCCCUCAGUUUGGAAGCCAAACAAUUUACCACCCAAGCAAUUUACCACCCAAACAAUUUACCACCCAAUAUUUAGGAAUUAAGUCAAAUUUUUGUUCCAUUUUUACAUUUCAAGGAAGCCAGCCUUCGUGACUGAAGCUCUUGUAAUUCUUAGAUGUUCCCAGUUGGUGGUAUUUCACUUGUUUAUCUGGUUGCUUUUGCAACAACUCUGUUCCUAUAAGUGUUGUCACUUCUAAGAGUAAAACAACUGUCAUACACAAAGUUCAAGCAUCUCAUGGCAUUUGCUUGUUUUUUUUACAAAGACUGCACUUCAUUUUUUGCUUUUGACUAGGAAAAACAAUAACGAAUUUGUAUGGGAAAAAAAAAAGUUGAAUAUUAAAGCAACAAUAUUUUUUUUACCUAAUUAAUUCUGUAGGAUAACAUAAUUAAUUUUGUGUUUCUGACAAGUUGAUUCAUGGGGUAAAAGUAAAAUAUCUAUGCAAUAUGUGUACUCUGUAAGAGGUAUAUAUGUGAACUAUUCUGAAAUAGAUGGAAAGAUGUUGUGGCAUUGCUAGCAGUGUAAGAACCCCCUAGAAUAACACCCCUUGUUAAUUUUAUGCCAAAAAAUAUGUUUCUGCUCUUUUAUUGUAUGAAUAUAUUGUGUUGGUUUCUAAAUUUAUUGUUUUAGCAGACUUUCUCUCCAAUUAAGUGAUUUAAUAAUAAUUUUUGUUGUUGUUGUUUUUUUUAAUUUACAAACUUAACAAAAUGAAAAUGUCAUAAUGUCAGUUGUUACCAAUUUGUCCCAGAUUAAUAGAUUAAUAAUAAGGCUUGUUUUCGAGUCCGAAGAUUAAUGAGGUAUGCAGUAUUUAUUUAGAUUAAUAUAUAUUAUUUAGACUUUUCAAUGCUAUGAUUAAAAAAUUAUUUUUAAUUAAAUUUCUUUUAUCUCAUUUUUUCAUAACUAAUUUGAUGAUAAAAUUCUUUUGUUAUCAUUACUUAAAAUGUUUGUAACAUAUUUAAUAUACAGAAUGAAAUAGGCUUCACAAAAUAAAAUACCAUGUCUGUAAUAUAAACAUUCUUACAUUUGUUACUUCCAACUUAGCUUGUAUCAAAUGUUUUUUAACUAAACUUAAUUUUUUCAACUUCAACUGUAGCCAUUUUUUAAAAUAUGUAUUGUUGCAAAUUAGCUUAAGGUUCUAGACUCUUGGCCACACCAUAAUAAAUUAUUUUGCCAAUCCUAACAAUCAACUCUUCUUACUUUCUAUAGUACAAAUAUCCAAGAUAGAAUCUAAAAAUUAUUAUUCAAAGAACAUCCAAAAUAGGAGAAAAAAAUAACUUUUUACAAAAUAUCUCUAAAUAUAUUUACGUUGGUAGCCUUCUAGCUUGCUGUUAGUUUGUACCAGACUUAAAAAUAAACUUUCUAUGUCCUCUUAUAAAAUGUUGGUGUUUUUUUGUUUUUAUCACCAUUGUUCACAUCUGGGGGGAAAAAAGUGUCUUUUUAUCAUUCUCAAUAGUGCACUAAGUACAUUGUUUUUUUUACGAUAUCAUUUAAGAUCAUAUGUGUGGUAAAAAUUGACAAAGAUAUCUAUAAAGAGUGAGAAAUAUUAAUUGAAUUAAGGUUUUCUUUCAAAUUUAAAAUCAUUUGGACUCUUGUACAAUACGGUGACCAGUCCUUUUGUAUCCUACCUUAUAAUGGUCAUUCUUACAGUCUUGCCCAGUGUAUGUAUUGUUAUCCCCUGAAUGUUGGGGGGGGGGGGGGAGAAGCUACUUAUUUAUUUAUUUAUUUUUUGUUUUCAUCUGGUUCUUCUCCCUGCAAGAAAAUCUGAAUGAAUAUCUUGAAGUGAUAACUGUUUUUAAUAAUUCCAAAUAUUUAUCUUUCUUUACUCCGGAUGCCACGUUAUAUAAACAUUGACAUUAUAUGGCAUGUUUAUUUGAGUAAUGUAUUUACAGCUUCUUUUGAAGUUUGAAUAUUUGGUAUACAGCAUUGUGGCUGUUUGUGUUUCUGUUUCUUUGCAUACAUAUGAAUCUUAUUAUUGCAAAUGUAAUGGCUUCUGCAAAAACUGUUUAUCAUUUUUAAGCUGUAUCUUAUCUCUUUUUUGCUUAUAAAACAAAAUGUUUAAUUAUAUUUGUACAUCAGAAAUGCUAAAACAUUUAUUUUGUUUUUAAUUUAUUUUUCCCAAAUUGUAGACUUCAAUUGUUUAAAAAUAGAAAUGUAUUAGAUAAUUUAUUAGUCUUUUUAAAUUAUGAACUUUCAAAGUGUAAGCAUUAUAGUUCCAUAAUUAAAGAUUUUCAACUAUAUUGUUAUGAUGUGAUUUCAUUAGAAACCAUUUAAAAUAAGGCAGUUAAUUUUUUAACUAUGUUCUUCCUGAACUGUACUUUUUUACUCCUUGAAAAUUUAGUAAUAUAUUAUUGUGUUUGUCUUAUAUGCUUUCUGAUAAGCCAUACUUAUAUUUACCAAAGUUAAAUUGUUUAACACAUAUGUUCUUGUAUCAAUAAAUGUAUGAUACAAUUUUAUAUCUUUUAAAUACACUAUUUCAAUUACUACUGCAUAUUAAAAUGUAUAUCACAACCUA